AGGUAGCGACGGGAGCAGCAGUAGCGGAGGCGACAUCGUCGAGACCGACACACAGAAUAUUUAGCUGCCACUCUUUACGGCUCAGCGAAGUACCAUACUGUCUGUCCAACACAAUACGACAUCGCAGCAGAUUAAAUCCCCUUUCCACGCGCAGGAAUUCACCGGUUUGUCCCUUGUGUUUCUACGCAAUACUCGCGCUCUCAUUCCUCGACCUGCGAAUAACGGAUUACGUUUAUACCGAUGGGCACAGUGAUGGAUGAGGGUUUGCUCCAAGGACACUUUCUGGAGGUCUUUAGAAAGGAGUGACUUUUAACACUCAGACAAAUAUCCAUGUGUUACAACUAUAACAAAACCAGCAAAACUAUUGCGGACGAGGGAGAGACUGACAAAAAGGAUUUGGACUGUUGAUAUUACAAUAUUUUCUUUGGCAACAAUAACAUAAAAAUAGACUACAAAAAAUAUAAAGAAUAACAAUCGCAAAAGACAGGUAGCUCCUGGUGGAACAUCUGGACUCUUUAGCCAACUGGAAGUCGGGAAUCAUGUUCUUGAUAAUAAGUUUGGUUUUGAUCAGCAGAUUCACCUGCAGCGGAUUGCCUGUCAUGGAAGUAAAGAUUGACAUUUCAAGACAGCAAGUGGAGAAGAUCUUUGGUUUGGAAGAAUUCUGGUGUCAGUGUGUGGCUUGGAGUACCUCAGGGACACAGAAAAGCCAGAAGGCCUAUGUCCGGAUUGCAUAUCUGAGAAAGAAUUUUGAGCAAGAACCUUUGAGUAAAGAAGUGUCUUUGGACCAAGAAGUACUGCUACACUGCCACCCGCCAGAGGGUGUGCCCCCAGCUGAGGUGGAGUGGCUGAAGAACGAAGACCUCAUUGACCCCAUUGGUGAUACCAACUAUUAUGUCACAGUGGAUCACAACCUUAUCAUCAAGCAAGCCCGUCUAGCAGACACUGCCAACUAUACCUGUGUUGCCAAAAACAUCGUCGCCCGCCGUCGGAGUUCCUCUGCUACUGUCAUCGUUUUCGUAGAUGGAGGCUGGAGCGAGUGGAGUAAGUGGUCAGCCUGCGGUGUGGACUGUACGGUAUGGCGUAGCAGAGAAUGCUCCCAGCCAGUGCCAGGAGGUGGAGGGAAAGACUGCCAAGGCCUUGACCUCGAGUCAAAAAAUUGCACCAACGAGCUGUGCCCUCACACUGCUUCUGGUCCAGAAGAUGUUGCUCUGUAUGUGGGUAUUAUUGCGGUGGCCCUGUGCCUUGUGCUGCUACUCAUUGUGGUCAUACUUGUAUACCGACGAAAGAAGGAAGGACUGGAUGCUGAUGUUGCUGACUCCUCCAUCCUCACCACUGGAUUCCAGCCUGUCAGCAUCAAACCCAGCAAGCAAGAGAACUCCCAUUUGCUUACCAUCCAGCCAGACCUCACCACUACUACUACCAGCUACCAGGGCAGCCUGCGCUCUCGUCACGAUGCCAACAACAAGUUCACGGUGACCAAUGGGCCUUUGCUGGAUCCCCUGGAGAAUGGACGACAUACUCUCCACAAUGGCAAACUGACGACGGAUCCAGCCGAUUUCAUGACGCGACUCUCCACUCAGACCUACUUUAAAUCACUUCCCAGAGACACUGCCAACACAUCCUAUGGUACCUUCAAUUUUCUUGGCGGCAGACUGACCAUCCCAAACACAGGAGUCAGCCUUCUCAUACCUCCUGAAGCUAUUCCGCGUGGGAAAAUUUAUGAGGUCUACUUGACAAUUCAAAGGAAAGAAGAUGUGAGGUUACCUCUAGCUGGCUGCCAGACCCUGCUGACCCCCAUUGUCAGCUGUGGCCCACCUGGCGUGGUACUGACCCGUCCUGUAAUCCUCAGUAUGGACCACUGUGCAGAGAUCAACCCUGAAAACUGGGCCAUCAAACUGAAAAAGCAGUCCUAUGAGGGCACGUGGGAGGAUGUGCUACAGGUUGGUGAAGAGUUGCCUUCUGAUUCUUACUAUUGCCAGCUGGAGGCAGACAAGUGCCGGAUCUUCAUGGAGCAGUUAGGUCGCUUUACUCUGGUGGGGGAGUCACUCAGUAUGGCUGCCACCAAGCGCCUGAAGCUCAUCCUGUUUGCACCAGUGUGUUGCUCCACCCUUGAGUAUAGUAUCAGAGUUUACUGCAUGGAUGACACACAAGAUGUCUUCAAGGAAGUGAUGCAACUGGAAAGGCAGUUGGGAGGACGGCUCAUUGAUGAACCCCAGGUCCUGCUCUUCAAAGACAGCUAUCACAAUCUCCGACUGUCCAUUCAUGACAUGCCUCGUGCACACUGGAGGAGUAAACUACUUGCUGGCUAUCAGGAAAUCCCAUUUUAUCACAUCUGGAGCGGCUCUCAGCGGAGUUUGCACUGCACUUUUACACUGGAGCGGCUCAGUCUGAGUACAUGUGAGCUGUCAUGCCGGCUGUGUGUGUGGCAGGUGGAAGGAGAAGGACAGAGUUUUGGUAUUGACUUCAACAUUGCCAAGGACACACGUGCACUGGAAGCAGACUUCUUUGGCUCAGACACCAAUGCUCCAGCAUUAGCAGGGCCCAGUGCCUUCCAGAUUCCCUACCUGAUACGACAGAAGAUUUGCAGCAGCUUGGAUGCCCCUUGCCCACAUGGUGCAGACUGGAGGCUGUUGGCACAGAGGCUGCAGCUGGACAGACACAACAGUUUCUUCGCUUCGAAAGCCAGCCCCACAUCAGUUAUCUUGGACUUGUGGGAAGCGCAACACUUUCACAGUGGCAACCUGAAUCACUUGGCAGCAGUCAUGGCAGAGAUUGGCAAGCAAGAGGCAAUGAUCUUCUUAGUGAGUGACGGCGAAUGCUAGUACCAGAGAGACCAGUGCUGUGCACAUCGGGGUGUGCUUGCCGUCCAGGUUUGACCACUUGCUACCUUUUGGUUUUGGUGCACUCCCUCCAGUGGAUCCAUGUACUUUUCAUUUGGCGUUCCUGCACAUGUUUACGACGAUUUUGCAGAAGCCUGUAAAGUUGCUGCAUCCCAAAAGAAGGUGUUUGAAAACAGUGCCGUACAUUUUGACAAAAGCGAGAGCCAAACAGAAAAGGGGCCUACUCAUUUGAAAGGUGGCAGCCAUCGAUCCAGAGUUUCUUUGGAAAUGGAUGCAGGCCAGCUCCAGCUCACACAAUGUAGUGCCACAAAUAAUCUUUUUUAUUUUCAUUACUUUAUGUAAAGCAUCACCGCUAAUUAUAUUUCACUAUGAAGGUUUGGUAUAUGAGGUCAUGUUAUUCUUGAUAAAAGCGGUGGGCUGGUGACAGUUUUCAUGCUUAG